AUGUUGGCAUCGGCAGCCCUCCUGGCUCUGGCCACGGCCGUCGCAGCACGCAAAUGCCACGACCUGACCAUCCCCAUCUCCAUCUCCUCCCGAAACGCCGUCUUCAGCCUCCCGGCCCCCGUGACAGAAGCCCAAGUCACCCAGUUCUUCAUCGACUUUGUCCGCCCCGGCUACAACAUGACCGACAACUACCUGAAAGGGUACAACACCAUCAGCGGCCACUACACCAUCGCCGCAACCUACUGCCAACCAGACAACGGCCCCGGCUCAACCCUCCAGAUCCUCACCCACGGCGCCGCCUUUGACCGCAGCUACUGGGACUACCCCUUCAACAACCACGAGUACAGCUACGUCGCCCGCGCCGUCGACGAGCACGGCUACUCGACCUUUUCCUGGGACCGCCUCGGCAUCGGCCGCUCCACAAAGGGCGACCCCGUCAACGAGAUCCAGCAGUUCCUCGAGGUCGCCGCCCUCACCGAGCUCUCCGCGCUCCUCCGCAGCGGCUCCGUCAAGGGCGUCGACGCCAAGUUUGACAAGUUUGUGCACGUCGGCCACUCCUUCGGCUCGGCCAUGACGUACAACUUCAUCAACCAGAACCCCGACUUCAGCGACGCCGCCGUCCUCACGGGCUACAGCCAGGUGCCAAACUACAUUGUCGGCUUCGCCCUCGGCGGCAACUUCAAGCCCAUCAAGGAGAUCUCUUCGCUGGCGCGCUCGUACCCGGCUGGAUAUGUUGGCGUGGACACCACUAUUGGAAUGAACAUUCAGUUCUUUGCCCCCGGCGACUUUGAUCCCAAGAUGCUCUCGUAUGCGACUGCUCAUGGCCAGCCCGCUGCCCCCGGCGAGAUUCUCACCAUCGGGGCCGGCAGCGCCAACACCAAUGCCUUUAGUGGCAAGAUUCUCGUCAUCACGGGAGAUCGCGACCUUCCCUUCUGCGGCGGCAAUUGCACCGACACUACUGCCAUCCAGGGGGCUUAUCCUGACCUCAUUGCCGCCUCCAAGCCCUUCUUCCCCAACGCCACCUUUAACUCGGUGGUCGUUCCCAACGGUGGCCACGGCUUGAACUUGGGCUAUUCGGCCAAGUCUGCGUACGAUUCCAUCUUCGAGUUUCUGGAGUCGUCUUUGUGA